GCGACUGAGUAUCUCAGACUUCAGGUACGCAGACGAGAAGACAGGCAGGAUGCAGAAAGCAGUGGUUCUGGUUUCUCUGCUGCUCCUGGGAUGGACCUGGACCCUGCAGGGGCUCCCGGUUCUCCCAGAACCUCUUUACCCGACGCAGGAGAACUUUAAUAUCAGCCGGUUUUUGGGAACAUGGCAUGACGUUGCCGUGGCGAGUACGUGUGCUUACAUGCAGCGCAACAGAGGAGAGGCAGCCAUCGGUAAGCUGGUUCUGCAGAGAGGCGCCACUGAAAGCAAACUCAAGACGACUAAAACUAAGCUCAGAGGUGGAACAUGUCAGGAGAUGACCGUGGACUAUGAGCUGACAAGCACACCAGGACGAUUCUUCUACCACAUUGCAAAGUGGGGGGCGGACGUGGAUGCCUACGUUGUUCACACCAACUACGACGAGUAUGCCAUCGUCAUAAUGAGCAAAGCCAAGUCCACGGGCGCUAAGAGCACCGGAGUGAAGCUUUACAGUAGAACCAAGACUGUAAGAGACACUGUGCUGGAAGACUUCAAAAGACUGGUCAGAGAACAGGGAAUGAGUGACGACACUAUUGUCAUUAAAAAGGACAAAGGUGACUGUGUUCCCGGACAGCAGGUGGCAGAACCUUCAGCUAGGCCUGUGUCCCAGCGGGUGAGGAGAACUCUAGUUCCCACUCUGGCUACUGUAGAUGUGGAGGGCUCUGGUGACGACACACCUUCGUUCAACGGAACCGAGUCUUGCAAAGCAGAACCAGAAACAGGACCCUGCUUUGGGAUGCAUCAGCGUUACUACUACAACUCCACCUCAAUGAGCUGUGAAAUGUUCAAGUAUGGAGGGUGUCUGGGCAACCAGAACAACUUUGAAAGCGAGAGAGAGUGUCUCCAGAGAUGUCGCACCGAGGCUGCAUGCCGUUUGCCAAUGGCAGCUCAAUCCUGCACAGGACAUCCUCCUAUCUGGGCCUUUGACUCCUCCAUCGGUCUGUGUGUGCAAUACAAGAAGGACUUCUGCCAGGGCAAUGGCAACAAGUUCUACAGCAAGUCAGAGUGUGAAGAGUACUGCGGGGUGGUGAAAGAUGGAGAUGAUCUCCCGAAGUCUAACUGAAUGAACUGACGAGACGUCACUGCUCACCUGGAGUCCUUAUCCAGAAAUACUAGAGCUGGCAUCAUUUAAAGUGCACUAUUAAGAAAUAUCAUUUGCUCUCAGCACUGAUAUAUCACAACAGCUCCUCAAUAAAACAAAUCAGUUCUCUGUU